GCAGCGCGUCAGUCAGUUUUGAGAACAACUAGCAGAAGCACAUGUAUUUGCAUGUAACUCAAGACUACGUACUGCAAGAACAAUUGUUGCAAUGUGUCCGAUUAAAUGCUUUCGGGCUGUAGUCUUACUAGCAUUACUUGUUGAGCUUGACCAAGUCGAAAGCCGCGUUCAUGUAUUUGCAAAGUUUUUCCAAGUGCUCGUGAAAGGCUCGCCAUCAUGCAAAAGCCUUGUGGUGCAAAGUGACACGAAUCGCGGGAUAGACUACGAGGUGUACUCCUCCGACACCUUUCAACGCGUGCCAAACGUGGAGAACCUAUACAUCGUCAAUAAAAUUAAUACAUUGGUGCCAGGUGCGUUCCAACAACUCCAGCAACUGCAUACUUUGAAUCUGGAGGAGAACGACCUUCCGGAGUUGCAAGCGGGUGACUUCAGUGAUUUGCAACUGUCUAUCCUUGGUCUCUCCGACAACAAUAUUAGCUCAAUAGAGGCACAGACUUUUGCGAAUUCUUCCAUCGACAGUAUCGACUUAUCCCACAAUCGUCUCAGUGAGAUUCCAGCACGCACCCUUGAUGAUGCCUUGCUCACGCAGCUGAGUCUCGCGGAUAACCAAAUCGCGCGUAUUGCCGAACGCGCCUUCAGUGUCGGCCUGGUGCGUCUCGAUCUCAGCGGCAAUCGCAUUCGCGACGUGCCCCUCACGAUUUUCGAGAAUUUAUUCGCGCUGAGACAUCUAAACGUCAGCCGUAAUAAGUUACCGACGCUGGCGUCUGCAUUGUGGUUGCGCAACUUGGAAGUACUAGACGCGUCGCACAACUCUAUUCGGUUACUAUUCAACGGCGCGUUUGAGGACUACCCAAAGUUGCGAGAUCUACGACUGGAUCACAACGAGCUGCUCUAUUUGAAUCCGGCGAGUUUUGUUAAGCCAUCGCCGAUCAAAGAGCUCAAUCUACGGCGCAACAUGUUAACGUUCCUGCCGGCUGAUGCACCAGAGAUAUUUCCUAACCUGCGGAAGUUAAUCUAUGGUGGAAACCCAUGGAGUUGUGCCUGUCUAGUGCCGGUCGAAAAUUUUAUUAAAACCGCUAAGAUUCAGACGGAUCCUUGUGAGAAGAACUACUUCACCGAUGGCAAGCAGGCGGUAUGUUUAACUGCAUACUCCAGCUGCUUUUUCAACGAGACCCUCAUCCUGCUAGAGCAUCCAGUAAUGUUCACCAGCCUCCUUGCUGGAUAUCAGUGUUGAUCACACUUACCGCUUCCGCUUGUACUUUUCACUUCAACGCUUUUAUGUAAUCAAAUAAACAACUUGGCAUGCAAAACUA